AUGUCAGGAACCCAGUCGCUCCCCCCGCCCGAGCUCCCUCAGCUCGUCGCUGAACAACAUGUCCCCAUUCCAUCCAGCGACAAAAGCAGCAAACGCCUCAUCGUUGUCCUCUCCAAUGCCAGUCUCGAGACCUACAAGGCGUCGCACGGAGGUGGCAGACCAGGCCAGCGCGACGAGAAAUAUUCGCUCCUCAACAGCGACGAGCACAUCGGUGUUAUGCGCAAGAUGAACCGCGAUAUCAGUGAUGCAAGACCCGAUAUCACUCAUCAGUGUCUCCUUACCCUCCUCGACUCUCCGAUCAACAAGGCCGGCAAACUUCAAAUCUACAUACAUACCGCCAAAGGCGUCCUCAUCGAAGUCAGCCCAACAGUCCGUAUCCCACGUACCUUUAAGCGUUUCGCCGGUCUCAUGGUCCAACUUCUCCACCGACUUUCCAUCCGAUCCGUCAACUCCCAGGAGAAGCUGCUGAAGGUCAUCGCAAACCCCAUCACCGACCACCUGCCACCCAAUUGCCGAAAGGUAACCUUGAGCUACGAGUCAGAGGUUGUACGUGUACGAGAGUACGUGGAGAAGCUAGAUGAGAACGAGAGUAUUUGCGUCUUUGUCGGAGCGAUGGCAAAGGGCGCCGACACCUUUGCGGAUCAGUUUGUCGACGACAAGAUAUCCAUCAGCAACUUUAGUCUCUCAGCAAGUGUAGCAUGUAGCAAAUUCUGCCACGCUGCAGAAGAUGCGUGGGACGUAAUCUAG